UAUAUAAGGCUUGUGAGGCAAUGAGAAGGCAAAACAAACAUCUUAAGCUCUCUUAAGAAAAAAAUCUAAACAAAAACAUAAAAUGGCUGUCUCUUUCCAUGUUCGCUCUAACAGUUUCCCUUCAAGACCUCACCCACAAGCUGCUCAUGUCGAUGAGCAGUUGGCCCGUUUGAGAUCUUCUGAGGAAACUUCAACCUCUUCCAGCUAUUCUAUCUGCAAAAGACUUGAUAACCUUCAGGAUUUACAUGAGUCUCUUGACAAGCUUAUUCGCUUACCCGCUACCCAACAGUCUCUAGGUCAAGAGCAGAACAAGAAAGCUGUAGAGCAGCUUCUUGAUGGAUCCCUUAGGAUCUUGGAGGUGUGCAACAUUUCCAAGGAAGCUUUGUCACAGAUGAAAGAAGGUCUCAUGGAGAUCCAGUCGAUUCUAAGAAGAAAGCGCGGAGAUCUAUCAGGAGAGGUGAAGAAAUACUUGGCCUCAAGAAAGUCCUUCAAAAGGACAUUCCAGAAAGUACAAAAGUCUCUUAAGGUUGCACAAGCCGAAGACAACAACGACGAAUCUUUGGCUGUAUUCGGAGAAGCAGAAGCUAUUACAGUUGCUCUUUUUGAUUCUCUCUUCAUCUACAUGUCAGGAUCAAAGGCUUGUAGCAAAUGGUCAGUCGUCUCAAAGCUAAUGAACAAGAAGAAAGCUACAUGUGAAACGCAAGCAAACGAAUUCACGAAGGUUGAUUCCGAAUUCCAAUCCGAAAAGACCUUGAAGAUGGAGGAUGUUCAGAUCCUAGAGUCAUGCAUUCAAGAUCUUGAAGAUGGACUUGAAUCACUUUCAAAGUCAAUGAUUAAAUACAGAGUCUCAUUCCUUAACAUCUUAGGCCACUAAUGAA